GUCGCCACCCUUGUGCUCAACUUCAACCUCAUGCUUCAGCAUUGCUGUCCACUACAACACACUGUGCUAACUCAUCCAAAAGAUCGUAUUGACGGGGCCAGCUUGUAUAAGAUCCUCGUCUCUUAAUAUCUACAACCUUAAGAGAAGCAAAAGUAUCCCUGUUGCUCUAUCAUAUCGCUUCUUGUGUUUGAUCGCACAAAUCCGGCCGGAUGCCAUACACUGCGCCGCUCAAAUCGUCGCCUUUCGCGCAACAUAUUGAGAACCUUGAGCCAGAGUCUCAGUCUUGUCCCACGUCACCUACCUUGGUUGACCCGCUGGCGGGACGACCACGCCUGUCUCGGUCUUACUCUUCGACAGCUUAUGUACGCAGACACCGCAGAAGCCCAUCAACCAGCAAAUCGUUCACUUUCCCAGCCCCAGAGAAUGUGCGGAAGUCCAAGCAGACAAUAGAUUCUCAUGCUACCAUCAGGCAAUCGCCUCCUCCACGAAGUGAUGCUCUUAUCCCUCCUGGGGCGAUGAUCUCUCCUCCGGAAUCUGCCCCAAACUCUAGUGAUGAAGAAUCCAAUGACGUUCACAGGGAGGGGCUUCGCCUGCAGGAGUUGGAGGUAGCUGUGAGGUCUAUCGAGCAGAGGCGCGUUUCUUCUCCAGAGCGAGAAACCCAAGAGAGGAAACCGUCAUCCAGCGUAGCGCAACUAACUAAUCAUACUAAGAAACCUCAUCCACCUCUCUCUAAGGAAGCACGCAAGAUCUCCCAUUCACGCUCAAUCACAGAGCACACCAUCGCCCUAAAGCAAGAGGAGGCAGUGACGAGCUCUCCCGAUGAGAGCGAUGGAGAUAACGACUUAAGGACGAAACGACCCAUGGUGCGUAAGAAGUCAGGGGAGCUCGUUAGACCGGCUCUCCGUCCGCCUUCUGCGCGACGGCGCCCGUCGAGCAUGCCUGGGACGCCAACAUAUGCCAAGGCCGUGCACUUUGAUGCUCAGCUAGAGCACAUUCGCCACUUUUUGCAGUUGGAUAAGCCCCAGGCUGUGAGUGCCGGUGCAUCUCCAGUAGACGACUACGAAUCUGAAGGAGGUUUUCCGUUUAACAAGGAUCAGUCGGACAUGUCUUCCUAUGAAUGGGAUAUUAGACUCCCAAAUUUUCCAAGGGAUGUCUCAACCCGAGUGCAUCAACGAGUUCGGCUUGAACGUUUGUUUUUGUCGUCGGACAAGAACACCUUGGUUGGUGUGGUGGCGGUCGCUAAUCUAGCCUUCCACAAACAUGUCGCAGCUCGUUUCACAUUCGAUCAUUGGAAGACGAUCUCUGAAGUUAUUGCUGAAUACAGUGACGACGUUCGCCGUAAGCAGAUUAAUGAUGGAUACGACCGAUUCUGCUUCAGUAUCAAGCUGGACGAGCAGGCAAAUCUAGAAAAGAAGACCAUGUUCCUUUGCGUUCGUUAUUAUGUCAAUGGACAGGAAUUCUGGGAUAACAACCGGGCAAUGAAUUAUCAGAUUACCUUCCUUAGGAUUCCUACAUCGAAGUCGGACACUCAUAGUCUACCUGUCAAGCCGAUCGCAGUAUCUCGCGCUCCUCUUCCUCGGAGUAAGACCUUCGCCGGCUCUAGCGCCAACAAUCAAGGAAAGGCCCCAUCCUUCGAUGACUUUUCGAGUAUGAACGACUAUCUUUCAUUUGACCGCAAGACCCGAGGUGCUAACGAUCGGCCUCCAUAUGGAGUUAAAUCACAUGAUGACGAUGCGGUGGCUCCCGUGCGUCGUGACAAGCAGUCUUCCCAGAUAUUUGGUAGUCGUUAUGACUUCGAAGCAUCUUUGAAUGCUGCUAUGCGCACUAAGUCAGCGCACGACCGGACCACGCUCACUGCUCGGGCAAAGUCUGAAGUCUCUCCACCAGGGGGCGGGAAGUACAGCCCUGUCAAGGGAAGAGGGACGAUUGUCGACCGGCCUCUGGGCGAUAGUUUUUCACAGUCAAGAACCCAACCUCAGGCCGAACCAUCGAAACCGUCCUCCUUAUUGUCAAGCAAGCCUCAUCGAGAAUCCUCGGUGUAUAAGGAGCUUGUCGACCGAUAUUGUUUCUUCGGUUCCUCGAGCCCUUCCCACAACACUCGUCCCAUACCAAGCUUGGAUAAGUCUUCCCCUCAUAGCACGCAAACGUCUUCUUCUCAAUCCUCACCAACAUCGUCGCCCAAGAUGGACACAGCUACUGGUAGCAACUCCCGAAAUUCUUCACCCACUCCACACAGCUAUCCAUAUAUCGAAUCCAUGCAGAGCAGUUUCCUCAAGGAAACACACAGACCGGCAGUUAUUCACGGAUGAACGAACCUGCACCCUAAUGACGAAUUAUAUUCCGCCUUACACGUCUGACGAGUUGGGCGUUUCGUCAUCUAAAUAACAUCUACUACUAUCCAACAACAUACUGCGUCCGCUCGUCAGAUACGACAAUGAUUGAUCAUUUUCUCUCCGAUGUUUAUUCGUACGAUGUAUCGUGCAGUAU